AUGAUGAUACGACGAAUUGAACUUGGAAAUAUAACCGAUGUUACUUUGAUCAACGUGGAUGCACAGCUGGCUGAGGCGCUGCACUCCUUGCCGCGCCAGGCGAGGUUCGUCUCCAGGACGGUCUAUUGGCCGAACAACACGCUGUACAACGACGUUUACGUCAUCCGUUGCGAGGAUUACUUCGCCUUUGCUCAGGGACUGGACUUAGUCAAAAGAGACCCUUUUUGGAAUCCGCGAGCGAAAUUUAUAAUAACGAUCGAGUACAUGAAAGACUAUCUUCAAGAUAUAUCGGAUUACCUGUUACUGAAUCACAUUUACAACGUCGCUCUUGUUGCUUUCUCCCAGGAUCAAAAUUUAUUGGUUUAUUCGUUUGAGAAUCGAUACGACGAAUGUAACCGACCCGUAAUAAAGUUGUUAAAACCGCGGUCCCGUUGUUCUGAAAUUCACAAUACCAACAUCGGCAAAAUAUUUACACAUGAGAAGAAAACUGUACUCCGAGGCUGCCGUGUUCAAUUUGUGUCGCACGACUAUUGGCCUUUCAUAUCGCUGUGCGGAAAGGACGCUAUUGAGAAUUAUUUAUUACAAUUAAUUCGUGACUAUGGCAUCACAGUCGAACUGAUAGAUUAUGGAAACGUUGAAAACUUUGGUGAACGUCUGGACAACUUUACGUUCACGGGCAUGUUACAUGAGAUAGAAACAUACCACGUGGAAGGAGCUCUAGGUGGUUACUCACUAACUCAUAAUCAAAUGUCAAACUUGGAUUUCAUAGAACCUUACAUGGUUAAUCAUUACGAAAUAGUAAUUGCUAGAGCAAAACUGCUUCCCAAGUGGCCUGGAGUCCUCAAACAAUUCGGAAUAGGAGCUUUAUGGGCUAUUUUUGUCAUUUUCUGCGUUAGUUGUGUCACGGUUACGCUCAUGGGAAUAUUCAAAAGGCAUGUGAGAGAUACGAGUCGAGAUAUCCUCAUAGUUUGGGGUUAUUUUAUGAGUAACAUUAGUCAAACGCAGAAAGCUAAAUCAGGACUACCCUAUAGAAUAGUGCUGCUUAAUAUACUUAUGUACGUGUUUAUGAUAUCAUAUGUUAUUCAAGCGUCCUUGCUGAGCGCCACGACGCAUCCCAUCCGAGGAUAUCAGCCCAACGACGCCGAAGAAGUUGUCUCAAAGUACCAAGUGGUUGUCAGUCCCGCGUUUCAUGCUGACUUAUUAAGGAAUCCAGUUAUUAAUUUAAAAAAUGUUAACACAACCUGCAACCGUACUGUAAACUGCAUAAUGCAGGUUAUGGUGAACUCUGAUCAGCGCUUGUACACUCUAGCAUCCGAUAUUUACCACAAGAGUUACACUGGGAAGUUUGCUGAUGAGAACGGUGAGUCGAAGAUCCACACAAUAAGAGAUCCAAUUGGAACGCUUCUGCAAACUAUGUACCUUCGGCGAGGGUCGUCUCUGGCGGCACCCUUCAAUAAACUGCUCGGAAGAGUCCGGUCUGCAGGCUUAAUCGACUGGUUCACCAGUAGACUUCAUUAUUCCGAACGACUUAAACACAAAUUCCACAAAGAAGAGAGCAAGCUCUUAGUGGCAGAGAAGAAAAUCUGGCGGAAGAUUCUGGGGCAUAUCAGAAAUGAAGAUGGAACUUGGAGGCGUAGGAAGAAUAGGGAGCUAGCGGAGCUGGUUGCGGUGCUCAAAGCCACACGACUCCGCUGA